AGCAGAGCAGGAUGGCCUGGGGUGAUGCUCAGCAAGGUGGAAGCAGGGUAUCUCAGUGGGACCCAGGAUACCAGCUCCUUGCAGUUUAGCUACUUGGCUGCCUUAGAUAUAUCUUUCACUGGUCCGUGCCUCAGUUUCCCCAUGUGUGUAAUAGCAGUAAUUUGCUGCCCUUGUUAUCAAAGUACUUUGACGUUUACUGGGGAAAAUAACUGUGCAGUCAAAGGAAUGGUCAUUUCCUGGAAUACUGCUGGGUCUUUUUGAGUUUCUUCUCUUCACUGCCUUGAUAUCAUACAGGUAAAAUCCUGUGCUGCAGGAAAUUGCUGUAGACCUAUUAAAGUCAAUUGAUCCGUGCUCGUUCACAUGGGCGCAGAAACCAACUCAGUGGCUUAUCCAGUGGCUUAUCCCAAUGCAUCCUGUGUGAGAGCUGGUCCUGGCUCUCCCCAGGUGACACAGGUCAUGGCUGGAGAUGCAGUUCCUCUUCUGAUUAAACUGGGGCACCCUAUAGCCUGUGCCCAGGUCAACCUCCCAGGGAAGGGGUUUAGGACAAGGCAAGCAUAGAAAGGCAGGAGAGGAGAAAUAACUGGUGGAAAAGAUACAGGCACAAGUAUUUUAUAUCCACAGGCUGCACUCCUCAGGUAGAGCAUCAUUGGCGAAUCCUCCCGCCUAUGGGAGAGCACAAAGCCACGCUGUGACCCUUCCCUACUGCUCCCCUUGCACUAGGUGGGCAGCCCCGAUGUCGACCAAGCUCUACGUCCUCAUCAGCUGGCCCGAUGGCAGCAGGGUGAUCAACAUUGAGAACAUCAAGGAGCCCCGAAAGCCUUUCCACCUCUAUGCAGUGGGGGAGCAAGUGCUGGCCCGCUGCCCCGGCUUCAGCGGGCUCUACUGGGGCAUGGUGGAAGGCAUAAGUGAGCAUAAAGAUAUUUUGGAGAAGAAGCUGCUGGAAGACAGACAGCUCCUGGAGAAGUUGACAGAGCCUCCCGUCCAUAGCAUGAUGCCACCCCAGCCAAAGAAAUCCAGGAAAACCUUCCCAAAAUGGACCCCGGGGAAUGCACCCAGGAAAUACCACAGCGACAGGACUUACCCUGCAAAGCCCCUGCUGAGGGCGGCCGAGGCCAGCCUGCCCCAUGAUGCUGGCAGCUCCUCCAUCACCAAGGAGAGACGUGCCCUGGGCAAUGGAGCAGCAGCAAGGUCCCGCUCACUGGCAGGACCCCCCCACCCAGCCAGUGCCUUCACGCCUCCAUCCACGUUUGUCACCGUGGCCAUGCCAGGGACUUCCCAGGGUGAAGAGGACGGGGCUGGUCCAGCUACUAGAGAUUACGUUGCCCUGCCGAUGAAGAGGAAGUCAGAUGGCACCUUGUCCCAGUGCCAACAACACAUCUGCCUGAACAGCUGUGAGGAGCUCAAGCUCGAUGCUUUACAAGAGACAGAUGACUUCGAGAGAGUUCAGAAGAGGUUUGGUCCUGCUGAAGUGGAAAGGGUGGAGAAGAUAGAGCAGCUGGAGAGGAUGGUGUUGGACCUCCAACAGGAUGUCCUCUCUCUGAAGAAGAAGGUGCAGAGGCUGGAAUCCCUGUCCUUCCAGGAGGAGCCCCACCGGCAACCAUGCGAGGUGGUGGAGCUCUUCAACGGCUACACCAAGGAACAGCUCAAAGAGACCAUCCGCUUUGACCAGAAAAUCAGCACCGCCUGCAAGACGCUGCUCUACAAGCUCUUCACAUCUGACUACAUCCAGAGCCACUCCAUCACGGGCCGGAGGGGCAACACUUUCCGAGAGGCGAAGCCCAUGAUGGAUGAACGCUGCAUCAAAAUCAUCCGGGUGCUGCUGAAGCAGAAGUUUGGAGACCACCUCAGUGACACAGUGAUCACGGAGAAGAUACAGAACGUGCAGAAAGCCCUGAGGCAGAAGUUUAAGACAGAAUGUCUCUGA